ACAGACUCGGGGCACCUGGGCUCUGUGGGCAGAGGGCUUGGGGAGCCCCAGACACCCACCCGACCUGGGACUAGGUGGGUAGGGGCAAGGGCGGAGACGCAGAGAGAGCCCAGAUGGAGCAGGAAACUCACCGGGCAGAGAAGGGGCAGCACAGAGGGGAAGGGUCCUGGGAACCGGGGCUGGGGCGAGACAGGGGGAAGCACAGAAGGGGGAAGGGGCUCUCCCCGGGGAGACAGGUGGGACGGCUCAGCGAGGGGCUGGGGUCUCGGGGCUCAGCCAGAGGGAGGAGGCAGGGAGCGGGUGGGAUCCGGGAGACGCAGGCAGGUGGCGCGGGCGCCGGGGCUGGGCGCUGCGGGAGAGCCCAUUCCUGCCCAGCUCUGCCCACCCGCAAGGGUCGCCACUUCCGGCCGGCGCCCGCAGCGCCCACCCCACCGGCGGGAGGAGGCGGGGAGGUGGCUGCGCCCGCCGCCGCCGCCGCCGUGAGUCAGGUUUGGGCUGCAGCCGGUGGCCGGCCCUGGCGCUGCGGAGGGCGCGCAGGCGGCGGAGGAGCGGCGCUGCCAGCCCGCGCCCCUCCCCGCGCUGCCCCGCGCGCUCCCCGCGCCGAGGUCGGGCCGCCGGGACGCGGAGCGGCGGGACAGCCAGCCACCGGCGGGACGGCGAAAGGACGCGCGCAGCGAGCGCAGGAUCGGGCCCGGCCGCCGAGGAGUCGCCAGUAGGGCCCCGCCCAGUGCCCAGCCCUGCUGGGAGCCCCGGCCAGCACCACGGACGGCACCCAGGAAGCCCGAGUCCCCCUGGACGGGGCCUUCUGGAUCCCGAGGCCCCCGGCAGGUUCGCCCAAGGGCUGUUUCGCCUGUGUGUCCAAGCCCCCAGCUCUGCAGGCUCCAGCGGCCCCAGCCCCGGAGCCCUCGGCCUCACCCCCCAUGGCGCCCACCCUGUUCCCCAUGGAGUCCAAGAGCAGCAAGACAGACAGCGUGCGGGCUGCCGGCGCCCCCCCGGCCUGCAAGCACCUGGUGGAGAAGAAGACCAUGACGAACCCCACAACCGUUAUCGAGGUCUACCCAGACACCACGGAGGUGAAUGACUACUACCUGUGGUCCAUCUUCAACUUCGUCUACCUCAACUUCUGCUGCCUGGGCUUCAUCGCCCUGGCCUACUCCCUCAAGAGCACGGCGAAACGAAACGGCAUUCCCGGGAGCUCCAGGGGCAGGAUGGCUGCCGGUCCCCACAGCCCCCCUCAGCGUGGCCAGGUCCGUCUGGGCAGGCGUGGCCACAGACUGGAGCCUGGGGCCGCGGCCUGCGCUGCAGGGGUGGGUGGCCCAGAUGGGGCUCACGAUGACCCCCAGCCCCCCUUCUCUGUCGGGAGGAGUCCAGCCCCUCCUCCUGGUGCUCCAGGCCCCGCAUGGCCCACUCUCACCCUCACUCCGGGCCCCGCACGGCCCGCUCUCGCCCUCGCUCCGGGCCCCGCACGGCCCGCUCUCACCUUCGCUUCCUCCUAUUCUCUUUUCUCCCACCCAUUUGCUCACCCCACACCCUCCUCCAGCCUCCCAUUAACUCCUCCAGCCACGCUGUGUAACACACUUUCUUCAGCUCCUCCCCCACCCCGCCACCCACCUGGUCCGUCCAUCAGGGCUCUCUGUCUGGUGGCCCACACACCUUCAUGAAUGCAUGUCAUCUCUUUCCUCCUGCCCCGUCCGUCUUUCCUUGACACCUUCAUCUACCGGUUUCCCUGAAUCUGUGUAUUGAUUCAUCUGCCCACACUCCGACUCUCGUGCUUGAUGCCUUCUUCCACACUGCCCCUCCCUGACUCGCGUAUAGCCAACAUAUCCAUUCAUUAACCUCUUCUAGUCAGUCACCCGGUCAUCCGUUCAUUCAGACACUUCAGCACCCUGUCACUCUCUACCCAUUGGUCCCACGAGUAAUAAAUAAUUGUCUCGUUCCUAGUAAGUGACAAGCAACACGUGGUCCCUGUCUAGAAGAGCUUACAUCCUGGUCAGGAGUCAGACAAUAAUAAAACUUACACUUACGUGAGUCAGGUGGUAAUGUCAGCUAUGAACAAUAAAUGAAGCAUCGUCAAGGACAUAAAGGGUGCUAUUUUAUAUACAGUGGGCAAGGAAGGCCUCUUUGAUGAGAUUAUAUUUGAGUCUAAACCUGAAUGAAUUCAUGCAGUAGCCAUAAAUGCAUCUGGGAAAGCAUAUUCCAGGAAAAUGGACUGGGUAUUACAAAAGCCCCGAGGCAAAGCCAGGUUCAGGGACCAGCGUAGCUGGCAUGGGGGUGAGCCUAGGAGCUGGUCCAGAGACGGGGUGUACGGGGCAAGACCACGUGCAUUGCGUCUGCCUCAGUAGGAUUUUGUUUUGCUUUGAGUGAGAUCUUGGAUGAAUUUUAAACAAAGAGUCAAUAUUAUGUGGCUUGUAUUUAAAAAGAUUGCCCUUGUUACUGGGGGAGAUAGCCCAUAAGGGCUUAAGGUGUUGCGGAGCUGGGGACCAGAUCAAAGGCUCAGUCAAGUAUUGGUUCAGAAGGUGGGAGCAGAGAGUGGAAGCAGAUCCUGUAUUUUGAAGGAAAAGUCAGUAGACUAUCCUGGUGGGUUGGGCACGAGGUGAGGGAAAAGAGAGAUGAGCCUAAGACUGCUGUUGUUGAGUUGCUCAGUCAUGUCCAACUCUCUACGACCCCACAGACUGUAGCCCACGAGGCUCCCCUGUCCAUGGGGUUUCCCAGGCAAGAAUACUGGAGUGGGGUGCCAUUUCCUUCUCCAGGGGAUCUUCCCCACCCAGGGAUGGAACCUUCGUCUCCUGCAUUGCAAGCAGAUUCCUUACUUCUGAGCCGCCCAAGAGCUCAAAGGACAUUCAUCUGAUCUGUUGAGAGAACGGAGGUGCCAUUCGCACAUGAGGAAGGAGGCCAUAGAAGGGACAGGUUUGCGAGGAAAAGACCCUUGCUCACCUUGUCCACCCACCAACGCAUGCAUUCAUGUUUCCACCCUUUUAACUCUUUGCCCGUCCAUUUUCUCUCUAUAAAUUCAUAUAUUUGUCUUCCUUCCUUCCAGAGUUUUUCUUCCACGCUGUCAACCAUCCCUAGAUUCACUCAUCCACUUACUUAUUAAAUUCAUGUUCCUUCUGUCUUUUUUUUCUUCCUUUCCUCCCGCUGUUUAUCCACCAACCUCAUCCAUCAGUCUGUUACUCUGUCCAUCCACCCAGCUCGCCAUCUGAUCUUUUUUCUUCCCUGGGUUCAUCUGUUUCACCCCUUACUCCUUAAUAGCAAUAAUAGCAGUAACAAAAAGCCAGCAAAUACCAAUAACCACCAAACAGCACCAGGUAUUUAUUGAACUUUUAUAUUCUA